AUGGAUUCUCUCACAACCAUAGGACACACUGGCGGCUCGUCUUCUCAAGGCGACCCUAUCUGCAAUGAGCAGCACUCCUUACUCGCCCCAUUAAUUCUUCCGCACCCGUACUCAUUCUUCCAAGCAAACUUGGCCGAAAUACACGGCUUCUGGGCCAAGCUGUGCCUGGAUACGUCAGUGGCAGGCGCCAACACAACCAUUGAUGAUGUCCUAGCCGCUAUACGAACGGUGGACCAGAUCAUCUCUGACGGAUCAAGCUUACUGGAAGCUUCGACUUGCCUACAUACGGUUAGCAAGAAUUCUGGCAUCACUUAA